AUGGCAGAACACAAGGAGCAGGUUACUUACGUGUUUAAUAACUUUGUAUUAAAGAAAUGGCUUCACGGAGACGAAAAUCGUCGUCGUACGUUGCUAGUCAAGCUGAAGAGCAAUCUGCGGGAGCUGGGAUUAUCAAAGCAAGCGACACGAACAGGACUCUUACAGCUAGUGACCAAGCCGUGCGUGAUUGUAAAACGACUGCCAGUUUCCAAUUACGAGAAACAGUCGCAAAGCAGUCACCGAGACGAUGUCGAAAAGAAGAGACUAGAAGACAACUCGCAAGAUAUUAUUCAACACACAUCCAACGCAGAAAUUUCAAACGCUGCUGCUGAAACAACAUUGAUUAAUGCGGUAGAUGUUAAUCGACGCUCUUCCUCGUCGGAAGUUACAUCACUAAAGAAACGUAUUUUGCAAAAUUUUGUUUAUGAGUCUGUAAACAACUCAUUAGAUACAACUGUAUUAAUGCAAUUAAAGAAACAUUCAGAUUCUAAAAGUAGUAUCCAUCCUAUGAAAGAUGAUAUUUUUGAAAGAAAACAUAAGGAAAAGACAGAAAAAAAAUCAGAUAAAUUAAUUGAACAUAUCGAUACAUUACAUCAAACACCCAUAAAGGAAGAUGUUAAUAAAGCAAAAAUAUGUUUAAAAUCUAAAAAUUUUCAAAUAGAGAAUCAAUCUGUUAAAACAAAUUCUAAAACAGUAAUUAAAAGGAAGAUACGUUCCGAAAGUUCAGAUCGAAAUACAUCGUUGAUAAAAAUACAAAAGAAGACUGAAGUGAGUGUGUCAUCAAAACAAAUAACAGAUAAUAAUCGAACAGAUAAUAGCGAGACAUCUCAUUACAAAAUGCUAUCUAACGAUGAACUAGUUCACAUAACGAAUCAAACAAAUGAGAACAUAAAAGAAGGAGGAAAUUCUGAAGUCCUAGAGCGAAUAAGGGAACGACGUUUUCGAGGUUUCGAUACAAGUAAAGAAGAAUGCAAAAUUUCGUUCAAUCAUCUGGAAAACAAUGAACAACACUUUGAUGAUCCAUUACAUAAUGAUAUAACAGGAGAAAAGAUAGAAGAUAUUUUAAAAAAAAAUAAAUUAACAUAUGAUUUAUCAGCUGAUAAUUGGCAGAAAGAUAUGGAGAGCGCAAUACUAGAUAAAAUUAAGUCCGACAACUUACACGAUUCCAUUGUAUCCGUUAAAGAAUACGCUCUGCACAAGACUGUAACAGAAAAACAGAUAAAAGAUAGAGUAUUAUUAAAUAAAUAUAAUGCAUUAAUUAAUGCGCAGGACAUAGAAAACUUCAAUAAUUUAUAUGCAUACAUUGAAAAAUUUAAUGCUAUGUACGAUGAUACAACUGAUGAAGGAUCGAUAUGUGAACGUAUAAGCACUUCUAUUAAUGAUUCACAGAAAAAUGUAGAGAACAUUAAGUCUGAACUUUCAUGCGAUUCCGAUGCAUGCACUGAAAAGUUUAACGCUAUUAAUAAUUCGCGGCAAAAUAUAGAGAACAUAAAAUCGGAUAAAUCAUACGAUUCUAGCGUACACAUUGAAAAAUUAGAUGCUAUGUAUGAUGAUACAACAGAUAAAGAUAUAGUAUCGAUAUGUAAACGUAUAAGUACUUCUAUUAAUGAUUCACAGACAAAUGUAGAUGACAUAAACUCUGAUCUUUCAUGCGAUUCCAAUGCAAGCACCGAAAAGUACUAUUCUUUGCACAAUUCUAUAAUAGAUGAGGAGACAAAGAAAGAAGAAACACUGGUUUGUGAACAUGGCACGUCAGAUAAUAAUUUUCAGGAAAAUGUAAUAAAAAAUGAAAAAAACUCAAUUUCGGAUAAAGUAAAAUCUUCUGAAAAUUUGGACGAUUCCUCUACAUACAAAGAAAAGUAUUGUCCUAUGAUAGAACAGGGCAUAAAGAGUAUGGCAGUAAUAGUAUACAAUUGUGAAAAUAUAAAUGUACCGGCUGAAGUAAGUUCUAAUAACUCAAGCGAUUCUUCUAAUUUCACCAAGAAGUAUUGUGCUACAAAUGUAACAAACAAGAAUAUGAAAAAUGAAGCAUUGAUAUGCUUAAGUGAUAUGAUAACUAAUAAUUCAUGGGAAAAUAUAGAGAACGCAAUACCAGAUAAAGCAAAAUUUGAUAAUUCACAGAAUUCCGUUGUAACAAUCGAAAAAUGUGAUAUUGCAACAAAACAGAAAAUAAAUGACGAAUUAAUUAAUGAUGAAUCAAUAUGCACGUUACCUGAAAAUUCACAGAAAAAUAUAGAGAGCACAAUACCGUUUGAAGUGAUAGCCGAUAAUUCAUGCAGUUCUAUUGUAGAUAUCGGAAAAUAUGCCAAACACAAUACUAUGAUAGAUAAAAAGAAAGAUAAAACAUCGAUAUAUGUAGAGAAUGUAAUACCGGAUAAAUUCGAUAAUAAACUUAAUAAUUUAUGCGAUUUUACUGUAAAUGUCGAAAAAUAUAUUUCUACGGACGAUAUUACAAAAGAUGAGAGAGAAAAAAAUAGAGCCUCAAUAUGUAAACGUAACAUGUCAACUAAUGAAUUAGAAAAUAUAGAGAAUGUAGUCUCGGUGGAAAAACAGGGUACUUAUACGGAAGCGGAAGAGACAAGUACACAAACUACUUUACACACUUUGCAAAAUCAAGAAACGCGCAAUGUCGAAGGUAUUGAUUCAGCGCAACACAAAAACAUGCAACAAGAUGCAACAUCAAAUUCGGAAUUGCUAAUCACGUCUACACAUAAAUCAACAUCACACAAUGUUGAUGAAAAAGACAACUGUGACAUGUUAGAAAACAAUGACGAAAAUUUAUUAUUAACAAAUAAAAGUAACAAUUUUCUUUCCAUAUCACCGUCCAAAGAUCCAUCUAGCGAAGUAAAUAAUAGUGAUAAUUAUUUAUUGGAUAGUAACUCAACAGAUGAUAACAGUGGUGAUGUUGAAGUAGAAAUAAAAAUAAAACCCAAUACGAAAUCUAGAAUAUUACAGAAAAUUUCAUUAAAAGCACCUUGGUCUACAGUAAAUACAUACAUCAAAAACUUACAUAGAAUUAAGGAUAAGGAUAAUUCAAGCUUCCUUAAUGAAUUUUUACAAGUGGAUUGUAGAACAUCUGAAAAGUCUAAUAUCACAAAUAUAAGAGAAAAAGAAGACAGUACAUCAUUAGAUGAUAAUAUUACUGCCGAGGUUGAUAAAAUCAUAUGUGAUUCUAAGUCUACUAUUAAAGAUAGUGAAAAUCAUUCUGAACAACGAAAUUCUCAAGACUGUCUAAUUUUAAACGAAGAUAAAAAUAUGAUGGCCUGUAACAAAAAAGACAAGGAUGAAUGCAUUCAAUCUAUCAUACAGACAACAUCAACAAUAACCGAAAACGAUCUUGGCUCAAGUAAACUUGCGCACGAUACAUUUGUUUUGGGAAAACAGUUACAAAAGAUUAACGACAAACAGAAAAACAAUGAACAACAAAAUUUUCGAGAUAAAACUUUAGAGGAAACUAAAAAUGUCGUCGAGUACAAUCAGGACAAAGAAGUUAAAAUAUCGUCUGUUGAGAAACCACAAAUAACGACUAAAAAUAAUUUUGAAUCAAUUAAAGCUGCACACGACAUGCCCAAUAUAACAGAACAAUUACCGCAAACUUCCUCGGAUAUGACACAUAAGAAAGUACGGGUCCGUUCUAUUGCGGAACUUAGUUGUCAAUGUGUUGUGAAUGCAUCGAAUCCAAGGAAUGUAUGCUCAGCAUUCUGUCAGUCAGCAUCUCAAUCAGCAACUGUUCAUUCAAUGUCUUCUCAAUCAGCAGUAUCUCAAUCAGUAGCACCUCAAUCAGUAGCACCUCAAUCAACAGCAUCUCAAUCAGCAUUUUCUCAGUCAGUAUCGAAACAACCGCCAUCGUCAUAUGAUGCGUUGCUUUUGGAAUUAAUAAAUUAUAAGAAAAUUUGUUAUGAUUACUCCGCACAGCAAAAUUAUGCAAACGCGUUACAAUAUCAGAAUGUUAGCGAAUUUGCUCCAAAUGUAUCAGUGUCGAAUAUUAAUGCGCAACAAUUUUUGAGAAAUGCUCGAUUUCCAUGUACACAAAUGCCAAAUCAUAACACAUUCAUGCAAUCUUCAACAAUGCCACAUCCGGUACCAUCGACUUCAAACAUUAACCAGCAGCAAUUGGUCAGAAAUUCGGCUAAUUUUACACAAGUACCACACUCGAAACAAAUUAGGCCAAAUAUUCAUCAGUCGUAUAUGUCUUAUGUACCACCUACAGCACACUCACGUAUAUUGAAUGCUAAUCCACAACCUUUAGAAAAAGCGAGUCAUCCGAUACAAGGCCAAUAUACGUCAGCGGAUAUGUUGAACAUUCAACAUGGUUUUAUAAAUAUGAAUAACAUUUCUUCAUCGAAUGUUGAUAUGUGCUCGCAUAAACCAGUAAAUCAAGGAAAUGUAAACGUGUCUUCUACAACUAACACGAGACAAUUAUACACCGGAUUGCAACAAAAUACAAUUAACAGCACUGCAACCGCAUCUGCUGCUAACGCGCAACAACAGAAACAAAUGUAUCAGAUAUCGCAAAUGAACUCAACAACAACAGGUUAUCCGUCGCCUAUAACAAAUCAAAAUAUUCCUCUUGGAAUGUGUCAGAUUGUGCCAAACUGUGAUAAUGUCAGAUUACCUGGAUCUUCCACGAUAAAUCCUGAUAUCUCAAGAACCAACGUUGCAAUGGGAAAUGUUAGAUAUAACACAAAUGUGAAUCAGCAGCAAACAAGCUGCAAUUCACAAAUAUCUCAAACAUCUUCAGGAAAAACGCAGUUUUUGCCGCAGUACGAUCCAAAUAAAACAUAUUCUUUUUUAUCUCAACCUGCAUAUUACAACAUACAAAUGCGUCCCAUUCAGAAUACUUUGCCAAAUCAAAACAUGUGGCAAGUACCGCAACAGCAAUUGGUGGUAAACCAAGGGAAUACAAAUAUGCCUCUUAUAACCAAUACGAAACAGUCAUAUGUUAUGUUAAAUACAGUUAGCAAUACUACAACUGUAAACAACCAAUUCUCGCAAAGAGAUACAUCCACACAUCUAAUUAAUUCAUCGAUGAACAAUAUCUUGCAGAAUGUGCAACAAAAUAUGUCGCAGAAAUUGCCAGUAAAUCAAGAAAAUACAAAUAUGUCUUCUACAAUUAGUGAUUUCAUAAAGAACAUGAUAAACAAGUCACAAACCGUUCAAAAAUCCAUCGGAAUAAGUUCACAAGAUACUACAUCACAAAAUAAAUCAACAUUACAAGAAAAUACAAUAUCCGUAGACGAGUUAACAAAGACUCACCUUAAUCAAGAUAAUGAGAAUAGUUUAAAGUGUAAUAUAAUUUUAGAAAAGCAAUCAGAACGAAGUAUUGAUUUGAAUAUUUCGAAGAAUUCAAAACCUGUGACGGUAAGAAGUAAUUCAGAAGCGUCAAAUGAAGAGUCACCUUGUACUGUAAUGACUAAGAAACUCCUUCCAAAAGACACAAGAUUACAAGAACAAGAUAAUAAUACACUAAAGAAGCAAUCCCCAAAAAAUUCAUUGAUCGAUACGGAAAAAAGAUCUCAGAAUACAAAAACAUUAUCACCAGAAGAGAUGUCGAUCACAGAAGUGUCUAUCAAGAAUUUGGAAACGAAAACGGAAGAUAAUGCGAUUAACGAAUCUCUGAAAGCGGCAAGUUUAUAUGACUCCACUCUUUCUAAACAAAGUCUACCGAAUUUACAAGAUGCGUCAACUGAGAACACAAAAGAUCAAUCAGAAAUUACGAGGAAUAAUGCAAACAAUAAGGGAUUUAGUAAUACGGAAACGGAAAGCGUACACAAAACUUCUAAUAUUGUAAUAUUAAAUAAUAGCAAGAAUGUGACACACGAGGAGCACAAAACAUCAGAAUUUUGCUCAGGUAUACAAGUUUCUACGAAUGAACGAAGUAAUUCUACUGAAUCGUUUGAAAGUUUCGGGAAACUAUAUAUCGAUGAAAGUGCGGAAAACCAGUGCGAUAAGGUGUCUUUUGAAGAAAAUAUCUUAAAUAAAUCACAAAAUUCAAUAGAAGUACUUGAUACGAUAAAAUGCGAUUCUACAAAAGUAAAAUUAUUCUCUCUUCUUAAAAACACUACUAAGGCAGAUUUAUGUAAUACACAUCAAGAUUCGGAAGAGAUGCAGCUACAGGACUCAUCCUCAUGCAAUAUAAAAUCGGUCGAUAUUAUAAAGGGACAUGAAGAUAUAACGAAAGAAAAUGAACAGCUAUUAGUAAUAAAGGAGAUCAUGUUUCAGAAAAUGUCAUUAAAAUGUGAAGUUUCAAAAGACACGUUGCAUGUUAAAAAAAGCAUGAUAAAGUCGAUCAAUUUAGAUCAUUCUGAAGAUAUAGAAGAGAAAAGGAUGGAAAUAAACACUCAAGAGCUUUCUGAAGAUAUAGAAAAGAUAGAAAUAGAUACUCUUAGCACUAUUAAAGAGACCAACAAAAAUAGGGAAGAAUUAUUAAAAAUAGAAGAGAUCAUAUGUCAGAAAAUGUUAUCAAAAUUUAAAAAUUCGGAAGAUAUGUCGAGUAUCGAAGAUAACUCAAUAAGAUCGAAUUACUUACAAUUUUUUGAAGAUAAAGAGGAAGAAACGAUAACAAUAGGCACUCAAGAGCUUGAAGAUAUAGAAAAAGAAAAAACGGAAAUUGACACUCACAGUAGUAUUAAAGCGAUCAAUGAACAGCUUAAGUAUGUAUGCGAACAAAAAUAUGGAAAAUCACGUACUCAUGCACUUAAUUCCUUUCAAAAAAAUGAUUCCCUCAAUGUAAAUGAACAAGAAGACGCUAAAAUGGAAUUCCUUGAUGCCAAUGAUGUCGAAUGUAUUUCCCUAAAAAGCGAUGACUCUAAUAGCAUACCGAGUAUCUUGAACAUUAGGAGUAUAUCACCUUCAUUAUACGAUAAAAUAGAAAGUAUAAAUGUAUUUUUUAAAAGUGAUACAAAAUUGACUCCGAAUGAUGAAAACUCAUUAGAUAUAAAUGACAAUUUGGGAAUUCUGGAUGAGAUAAACGACAAACCCUGUUUACGUUGCAAACGCAAGAGUAUGUUACAUUGUCAGACUUGCUUACAAGCUCAUUAUUGCUCCGAACGUUGUUCAUCUUUGCAUUGGAUUGCGGAACAUUACAAACAAUGCACGAAUUAUAAUUCGAUUAUCUGUAUCGAUGACUAA